AUGUGUUUCGUGGAUGGGAUUUACAACGCUGUCUUAAGGGACCGCGCGGCCGCGGAUCCGGCGCGGCGGACGGGGCUCGCGCGCAAGCGCCGGCCACCGUCGGGCCGCCGGGGAUGCGCCGCGGACGGCCCGACCUUCGACCUGAAGCACGAGAAGGCCGCGGGCGACCGCGGGCCGGUGCAGGCGGCGGAGCGCUCGUUCGUCGAGCGCACCGCGCCGCGGAAGGAGGAGCCGACGGAGGAGCAGAAGGAUGCUCGGGCCGCGGCUCGCAGGGCCAAAAAGGCCCGGCAGAAGGCGAACAAGGCGGAGAAGAAGGCUGCAGCGGCGGCUGCGAGCGAGGCCGAGCAUGCGGACUACCCGCACGCGCAGCUACGCGAGAACAUCGAGUUUGUGAUGAACGGCCUGGAGGCUGCGACGCAGGCGGCGCGCAACCCCACCGGGUCCAACAUCCAGGUCGCCUACUCGCUGCCUCCCGAGGGGGGUAGCGGGUUCGGCGACCUGGUGUAA